GAAACGUCUCUGGAAGAUCGUAUCAAACGUCACCCUCGUCUCACUUUCGCUAAAGCACCAGCGCGCGACCAAAACUGGCCACACCAUUGCUGGCUUGAGCAAAUCGAAUCAUUAUUAACUGAUUUGGUGUCAACUUGGGAAGGCAUGUUAGUUGUGACUGGAGACAUGAACAUCCACUGUAUAAGUCCCAACACUCCUCUUACAAGAUCGUACAACGAAAUACUCCAAACCCUAAGUUUACACCAGCUUGUAUCAAAACCGACGAGAGUAACUCAAACAUCUUUGACUCUGAUCGACCAUAUUGCAUCUAACUGCCCACAUCGAGCCACUCUUACAAACGUUCUCCCAUGUCCAACA